AUGAGUUUGGUUUUACAUGUCGAGGAUUUUCCGAACUUGUCGUCAAUAAUGCGAGAAAUUCAACAGUUAGACAAAUGGAACACUCUCCGUAAUCUCGCUGCCAAGGAUACUGACUCAAUCAAGAGCAACGCAAAUGGAAGGAGGCUAAGGUUCAAUACCGUACUGCAGGUGCAAAUGAUAAAACGCAUCAAAAACCGCGGGCGGUUGACGAGCCUGCCAACGGCAAGCGCGCCUCAAGUCGUCGAGCGACGAGAUCGUAUUCAAAGCGCUCCUUGUCCGUGCAUUGAUCCUGCCGUCAUGGAAGGCGACGGUCGACUGACUGAGAAUGCGAAAAAGCUCAGUAAUGAGGAACUUGCUCUGUUGUACGAGGACAUUCUCAAACCACUGGAUUUUUUCUCCAUCUUGCACGAAAGGAGAAGGCAAAAUGAAGAACUGCUCUGA